UUAUUUAUUUCUGCCCCUCCAUUUGCGAUAGAGUUAUUGUAACGUCGAUAUAUAAGCGCUUACUCUCGAGGGCGCGAACCCUUAUAAAGCGAAGCCCUUAAUCGGAUCGACAUUAGAUAUCUAGACUUUAUUACUAGAAGAGAAAAAGAAGGGGGAAAAGAGAAAGGAAAUCUAGUAAAAGAACUUCGACAAGAUGUCGAAUUCCACGGGUCAACCGCAACAUAUAUCAUUCAAGCACUGCACAGAAGUCGGCCCUCUGUGUCCAGUCGAAGCAACAGUACUCGGGUACUACCCGAACCUCGGCGUCAACGCCUUCCUCGCCGCCGCCUUCGGCCUGUGCGUCAUCGGCCUAGUCGUCACCGGAAUUUGGAAGAGGACUUGGGGAUACUCGGCUGCGCUCACAGCUGGAUGCAUUCUGGAAUUCGCUGGCUACGUAGCCCGCGUCCUCCUGCACGCGAACCCCUGGAACUCCAGCGCCUUCCAGACCCAAAUCUGCGCCAUCAUCCUCGCGCCGACGCUGAUAUGCAUAUCCAUCUACCUCACCCUAAAACACAUAACCCUCUCCCUCAACCCCUCCCUCUCAAGACUGCGCCCACGUCUGUACCCCCUGAUCUUCGUCCCCGCCGACGUGUCAUGCUUAAUCCUGCAAGCUAUCGGUGGUAGUCUAGCCGCCUCCGCCGGGUAUGAUAACCCGAAUUUACUGCUAAGUGGAGACCGCGUGAUUAUCGCUGGUAUCGCGUUACAAUCCGCGGUUCUUGGGUUCUUUGGUGUGAUGUGUGUGGAUUAUUGGUUGAGAAUUAGGAAGUGGGUUAAAGGCGGACAGGCUGAUGCGCAGGCACUGGCUACUUGGAAUGAUCGCAGGUUUAGAAUGUUUGUGUACGCUGUUGCGGGCGCGUAUGCGGGGAUUUUGAUUCGGUGUAUUUACCGUAUUGCGGAGAUGGCGGGUGGUUGGGGAAACCCGAUUAUGCAGGAUGAGCCGAGUUUUGUCGUGCUUGAGGGAUUCUGCAUCGUCAUCCCAGUUAUCCUCCUAACAUUCUUCCCACCGGGCUUCUUAUUCCCCGCGAUGGCUCAGCGCGAGGCCCAGCGCUUCCGACGAAAGAAGGGUUCGGUAGCAACUGAGAAGACGAACUCCGACGAGCCUAUCGUAUCGGGCGAUGAGGCUGGACAGACAGAGCGGAAGACGGAGGCUCUGAGCGUAUAGAAUUUCAUUAGAUCCUUGUGUUGAGAGCUUUUCUUUUGAGCAGGUCAAGAAUUAGCAUUGGACUAGCGGUUUAUAUUUGCUUUACUUCUCUAUAAGAUAUUGCCUGGUAGACAUAUAUACAUAGAUGCUAUAGCGAUGUUUACGAUCAUAGACUUGAGUACCCCCCAUUGAUAGAUGAAUGAGUUAUCCUUGCUUUAAACAGCCUAUAUUCCCAUGGAAAUAGGAUGCACAAGCCUCAAUUAUGGCCUCACAA